AUGCUUUCUGUACAUGACAUAAGGAAAUUGGACAAGAAGGUGGCAACAUGUAUAUUGGAUGAUGAAUUAUUAUCAUUAACGACAAUCAAACAUGAUCAUCAAGUAGUUGUAGGGUCACAAAGUGGGGCGCUCUAUUUUUGGGAAUGGGGUGAAUGGACAAAAGUCAAGGAUAAAUGGGUUGGACAUCCAUCCUCUGUAGAUACACUUUGUAAAUUAGAUGAAGAUACUAUAUGUACCGGUGGUAAUGAUGGUCUUUUAAGAUUGGUUUCGGUCUCGCCUCAAUAUCAAUUUGAAGGUAUUAUUGGUGAUCAUGGUGAAGAUUUUCCUGUGGAACGUGUUCGCUUAUCUCAUGAUGGUCCUUUACUUGAUGAAGAAAGUUCUCCGAUAUGCCUACUUGGUAGUUGUGGACAUGAUAUGCAACUACGAUUUUGGGAUAUUGGUUAUUUAUAUGGUCCAGACUCUGAUCAGAGUGAUGAUGGUACAGAAAACGACGACAGGAACAAUGACAGUACUUCAACAAAAAAACGGCAUGAUUCUUCUUCAUCACCAAAAACAACAACCAUGGCUCAUGCAAAGUUUGACUCUUCUGACGUAAAUCUUGAUGGAUUACUGGCAAAAAACCAUGCUUGGGCUAAAUCCAUUACUGAUGAAGACCCCAACUUUUUCAAGAAAAUGGCCCUUGGACAAAGUCCCAAGAUUCUCUGGAUUGGAUGCUCUGAUUCUCGUGUACCCGCCAAUCAAGUGUUACAAUUAGGUCCUGGAGAAAUAUUUGUCCAUAGAAACAUUGCAAAUGUAGUCACUCAUACCGAUAUGAGUUGUUUGUCUGUAUUACAAUACUCUAUUGAAGUUUUGAAAAUUGAACAUGUUAUUGUUUGUGGUCAUUACAAUUGUGGUGGUGUGGCAACUGCUUAUAGCCGAAAACAAGUGGGAUUGAUUGAUAAUUGGCUUAGAAAUAUCAAAGACGUUUAUCGAUUGAAUGAAUCUAAAGUGAAUAGCGAAAAAGAAGAAUCAGAACGACUUCGUAGAUUGGUAGAAUUCAAUGCAAUCCAUUCAGCUCAAAAUGUUUGUUAUUCUACUAUUGUUCAAGAUGCUUGGAAACGAGGACAAAAGUUAACUGUACAUGCUUGGGUGCAUGAUAUCAAUGAUGGGUAA